GUCAAUUUGGUUAUAGCAACAUAAGAAAAGUUACCAAAUAGUUUAUUAAGAUGGCCCCGACACCUCAAGACAACAAGAUACUAGAAGAUGUACCCAAGCAACCUGUCAUCGGCGAAAGGGUUGUAAUUUCCGGAAUGUCUGGCCUGUACCCUGAUUGUAAAUCUGUUAAGGAUUUGGCAGAUAUUUUGUAUAACAAGAAAGAUCCAAUAACAUCCGAGCGUCAACGUUGGAGUUAUUCCCACCCUGAAGUGUCACAAUGCACUGGAAAGCUCCUUGAUCUUGACCGUUUCGACGCUCAAUUCUUCAAGGUACAUUUUCGUCUUGGAAACAGCAUGGAUUCAAUGGGAAGAAAAGUGCUGGAGCAAACAUAUCAAGCAAUAUAUGAUGCCGGUGUUAGCCCACAAGAUCUUAAUGGAAAAAAAGUAGGAGUGUACAUUGGGACAUGUUUCUCUGAAACUGAAAAGGCUUGCUUUUAUGUAGCAAGCUCUAGGACAGGUUUUGGCAUUGCAGGGUGCAGCAAAACUAUGUUUGCAAAUCGUAUUUCAUACUGGUUGAAUGCCAAAGGACCGUCGAUGGCAAUAGACGAAGCUUGUUGUAGCUCUACUGCAGCAAUUGAGCAGGCCUACCUCGCCAUCACUCGAGGGGAAUGCGAAGCGGCUAUCGUUGGAGGAACUAACCUAUGCCUUCAUCCACAUUCCUUAAUUCAUCACGGAAGGCUCGUGACUAUUUGCAUGGAUGCGAAAACGAAAUCCUUCGAUCAAAACGCCGAUGGUUGUGCCAAAUCGGAAGCUAUAAACGUUUUAUUUCUUCAGAAGGCCGAAAAUGCGCUCAGAGUUUACGCAGAAAUUGUUUUUGUGAAAACAGAAUUUACGGCUUUACCGAAUGCCGUAACCGGACCAAAGUUUGGAUUUUGUCGUGAUCCAGAGGUCAUUGCAAAUUUCCUAAAGAAAUUUUAUGAAAAUGCUGGAGUGCCACCUGAAGCUGUCGAAUACGUAGAAGCUUUUGGGUCAGCUGUAUCUGAAGCGGAUCGAUCAGAACUAGAAACUAUCGAUAAGGUCUUUUGUAAUAACAGAAAUGAUCCUCUACUGGUCGGCAGUGUGAUGUCAAACAUAGGAUACAGUGAAGCUGCUACUGGAAUCUCCUCCAUUACAAAGGUAUUACUAGGAUACGAAACAGGUGUACUAGCAGGUAACUUGCACUAUACAACACCUAGAGCUGAUAUCAGUGGAAUCCGGAACGGAAGGAUACGCGUAUUGAGUGCAAAUAUGCCGUUCAGUCGCAACUAUACAGCCGUCAAUGGCAUCUCAGUGACUGGUGUCAAUUCUCAUGUACUUUUGAAAGGACACUAUAAACCAAAGGAUCUCAGCCGCUACCAGGCUAGUAUACCGUAUUUGGUGACCAUUUCGGGAAGGCAAGAUUCGGCUGUUAAAAACCUUUUGGGUGACUUAAAAUCACGUCAAAUAGAUCCGGAAGAAAUAGCCCUAUUACAUAAUAUUCACCAAACAAACAUUUCCGGUCAUAUGGGACGGGGAUUCGCGAUUUUAGAUACAAACGACGAGCAGAAAACUAUUUGUCUAAAAGAAAGAGCAGAAUACUUUGACGAUAGAAAACGUCCAUUGUGGUUUGUAUACAGCGGGAUGGGAUCGCAAUGGCCUACGAUGGGAUCACAACUAAUGCGGAUUCCGACAUUUGUGGCUUCUAUUGAAAGGUGCCGAAAAGUAUUGGAACCUAAAGGGGUGGACAUUGUGCACAUACUAACAUCUCCCGAUAAAGCAAUUUUCGACAACAUUUUACAUUCGUUCGUUGGGAUAGCUGCUGUUCAGAUUGGACUUACUGAUAUUUUAAGGGCACUAGAAAUAAAACCAGAUAAAAUAAUCGGUCAUAGUGUCGGUGAGUUGGGGUGCGCUUACGCGGAUGGGUGUUUAACAGCAGAAGAGAUGAUACUAUCGGCGUACAGUCGUGGUCUUGUUUCGGUACAGACUCCAUUCAUACGAGGUUCCAUGGCUGCCGUUGGGAUAGGACAUCAAACGGUAUCAGCGAUGUGUCCAACUUCUAUUGAAGUAGCUUGCCAUAAUAGCUCAGAAUCAAGCACAAUAUCCGGUCCCGCUGAAGAUAUGAAAAAAUUCGUCGCAGAGUUGGCAGCUAAAGGAAUAUUCGCUAAGGAAGUUCCAUGCUCGAACAUAGCCUAUCAUUCAAGAUAUAUUGCAGAAGCAGGACCUACUCUAUUGGAAUAUUUAAAAGGAGUAAUUAAAACGCCAAGACUACGAAGUGAUCGUUGGGUUUCUACAUCGGUUCCUCGGCACAAAUGGAAUGAACCUGUUGCUAAGUAUUCAUCUGCUGAAUACCACACUAAUAAUUUAUUGGGCCCUGUUUUAUUUGAAGAAACUACCAAUUUAAUACCAUCGAAUGCUGUGGUCAUUGAAGUAGCACCUCAUGGCUUACUUCAAGCAAUACUUAAACGCUCAUUGCAUUCAGAUUGUCGUAAUAUAGCUCUAACACGAAAAGCGCAUCCAGACAAUGUAGCAUUCCUACUUGAGGCUGUUGGAAACUUGUAUAUGGAAGGCUAUAAUCCAAGACUACAGGAAUUAUAUCCGAAAGUAGAUUUCCCAGUGGCGACUGGAACACCAAUGCUGUCCCAUUUAGUGGAAUGGGUCCAUACCGAAAAAUGGCCAUUACCGCUCUAUAUGUCGGCCCAUAGAAAAACUGCUGCUUCCUGUAAAUUUAUUAUUACCAUUCAUGAUGAUGAAAAUAAGUAUUUGAGUGGAAAUCAAAUAAGAGGUAAAACUUUGUUUCCAUUUGCGGCUGCAUUAGUAGCAGUAUGGGACACCCUGGCUAUGACAAUUCAGGCUCAACGAAAACAAAUUUCAGUAAAGUUCCAUGAGAUAAAACUUUACUCUGAACCGACACUUCAUGAUCAGCGUCAACUAAGAUUGACUGUAGCCCUGCAUAGGGGCACGGGAAGAUUUGAGGUUUUAGAUGAAUUUAUUAAAGUGGCAACGGGUUAUAUCACAAACGUUCAAGAAGUAUACAAAUUUACGACUGAAACUGCAUUAAAACGGAAUGGUAUGGAAAUAAAUAGCAAUGAUAUUUAUGAACUUUUAAACGUACGCGAUUAUUCCUACGGCGAAGACUUCCAGACUAUACAUCAAGGAAAUUUGGCUUUAGAUUCAUUUUCAAUGCUUUGGAAAAACAAUUGGGUAACACUUAUUGAUGGUCUGCUACAAGUUAAUGUAUUGAGGCAACGACACGUUGGAGUAUCACAGCCCACAGAAAUUAGAAAUCUGAGUAUAAAUGUUUCUGAACACGAGAAGCAUAUCACGAACAUUGAUGGCAAGAAUGUAGUGCAGGCCCGUGUUUUCAAACAAUAUGAGACUACAACAUGUGGAGGUGUGACUUUACAGGGAGUUACAUUCCAUCAUUUGCCACAUCUGACAGAAAAAACCGUUACACUAAACUUUUUACCAGGCGUUAAGAGCGAAUUAAAUAGUGCAUUAUUAGGAAGCAAUUGCCACACGCCUUUGCCACAAAAAUUGAAUUACAACUUUAAGCUGGAAACUUCUAAGAUUGGAAACAUUCACUCACUGCAGUGGAUGCAAAAUUCGCAACAUUUCAGUUCUGGAAUUGAAGUCAAGGUACAUUAUGCUAGCAUAUCGAGACUAGAUGUAGAAAAGGCCAUAGGUAUGAUGAAUAAGGCUGCAAUAGGAACUGAUUCAGAUGAAAAUCAUUUUGGUUUCGACUUUAGCGGCGUUACAAAAAGUGGCGAACGCGUCAUGGGUAUUGUGGUUGAUGGCUCAUGUAAGCGCACGGUGAGCGCACGUCCAGAUCUUCUGUGGCCGAUUCCUGAUCAUUGGGAGUUUGAAGAAGCCGCUACUGUACCAAUGGCCUACAUGACGGCGUUUUACUGUCUCAAUUCGUGUGUUACAAGUCUGACCAGAGGGAGAAUAGGUGUAGAAACUAUGAAAUCCGAUAGCAUCCUUAUUCAUGGAGGUGCCGGCGCUUUGGGUCAAGCUUUAAUAUCAAUGGGAUUAGCGAUGGGUUAUCAAGUAUUUACAACUGUAAGUGACAGUGCGAAGAAACGAUUCCUAAUGAGAUUGUUUCCAAACCUAAAAGAAGAAAACAUUGCGAGUUCUAGGAAUCCCAGUUUCGGAGACAUGGUUUUAUCCGCCACCAAUAGAAGAGGAUGCAAUAUUGUGAUUAAUUGUCUUAAGGGAGAGCUAAGAAAUGUUUCAUUAAGAUGCUCAUCAAGAUGGACUCUGGACGUUUCAAAAUACAAUCCUCAAGACAGUUCUUUAUUCGGAAUGGCCAAUUUGAAUGAUGACAGAUCGUAUGUGACUAUAAAUGUGUUGAGCUUAUUGAUGAGGCGAAAUUCCCAGCAGCUGAAUAUCUUGCAAAAAGCAUUAAGCGAAGGUAUAUCCAGGGGUUACGUUCGUCCUUUGUCUCGAGUGACGUAUGCUGCCGAAGAGGUAUCCCGGGCCUUCCAGCUGCUUGUAACUAGACAACAUCGUGGUCGAGUGCUGCUGAGAAUUGAUGGAUUCCAACCGUCGAUCAAACAUAGAAUACAAUGCAAUCCAGAUGUUUGUUAUGUGAUAUUUUCUACACAAUGCACGUUUGGGAUACAAUUGGCGGAUAGGUUGAUAGAGCGUGGUGCAAGAAAUUUGCUUCUACAUUAUGAUUCGUUUCCAGGAUACCUUCCAUGUAAAAUACAAUUAUGGAAAAGUCAAGGUGUUCAAGUACAAACCUCUUGUGAAAAUAUUAAUAACAUGGACCAAAUUCUUACAGUGUUAAAUAACGCAGCUAGCUUAGGAAAGGUUGAUGGAAUUAUUAUUGAUGAACUACAAAUGUGUGAAAAAAAACAGAUUCUUAAAAACCUAGAACUCGCAUCAAAAGAACUGUUCCCGUCACUCAGGUUCUUCAUGGUAAUAACUGAUGAUCAUUUGAAAACCGAAAUAUGUUUGCCAAGAAAUAAUGACGGAUACCCAGCUACUAUACUUCACCUCGGUGCUUUGAGAAAGGACCGCGAUAUAUCGUCUUCCCAAAUUAAUCGUCUGUGUGUGGAAGCUGUAGAGGCUGCCUUGUGCUCCGGAGAAUAUGUAGUGAUUGCAGCUCCGCAUGUUAUUCCUCGAAAACCGCUCGUACAACAACUAUGCAGUAUCGCUGGUUUAGAAAUGUCAGAGGAUUCUAAAGACACAACGACUCUUCGCGAGCUGGGUGUCGUAGCUGAGAGAAUGCCAAAUAUAACAAACUAUUUACGGGACUAUCAUAACAUCACGUUGAUUGACAGUGAUGUGUCUUCUCUAACAUUGCAAAGAAUUAACGAGAUAGAGGACGCUAUUGUUGCGCCUGGUUAUAGUACUAAGAAUGGGUUGGAAGCGUUCUACUCAUAUGUAGAUCCAGACGAACUGCUAGCCACAACUGAAAUGGUGUUCAUGCCGACACUCACCAGUAGCGCGACCAUGCGUGAUGAUGAGUUCGACGUGAGAGUGACAUCGCUGUGUAUCGUCCCGGGUCUGGAGGGACACCACGGGCGGUUCCGAGCUUUGUGCGAGCGACUCAAGCUGCCCGCGCUCGUGCUGCAACCCGGGCUGGACAAGCUGGACGAGACCAUACAGCACACAGCACAACGAUAUGCUAGUUCUCUGCUAAGAAAAUCGGCGAUCAAAAAUAAUUUCUACAUUUUGGGAUAUGAAACUGGUAUAUUUGUUGCGUUAGAACUCGCGGCUAUUCUGGAAGAACACGGUAUGACGGGUACAUUGUUUUUGUUGGGAGGAUCACCAAAUGAUGUGUUGAAUGAGAUAGAAUAUCAAUUGCAAAGAUUUAAAACAGAAAAGCUCCGAGAGGCUGUGGCAAGGCACAUGCUUAAAAUUAUGGCCCGUGAACACUUUAGGGAAGUAGAGAACGCAUUUUCGAAACGUACUCUGUGGAAUGACCGAGUGGAUGCGGGAGUACGAACGCUGUUGGGUCACGUGUCCCACUCGGCGCAGUACGCGCGCGCACAGAUCGAGGCGGCGUGCGCGCGGCUCGUCUACGCGCGGCGCUACGGCGGCCCGGCGGCGCCCCUGCGCUCCCGGCUGGUGCUGCUGCGCUCUCCGCUCACCGCGCGCUCCGCUCCGCCAGAAUGGCAGCGGCUGUCGCGGGGAGGGGUCACCGAAUACAACUUGCUGGCGCCGUUACCGCAUGCCACCAUGGACAUGCGUUGCGCUACCAUCAUCAACAAAUAUCUGGACGAUGAUAUUUUAGACCAAUUCGAUAAGAAGAAUUUGUGUGAAACUUACCUUCUAAAUGCGGAUACUUUCAUGUCUGACUCAGUAAUGCAGGAAAAGUAAAAUUUUACUUCUUGUUCAAUUUCUUAACUUUCAAAGCUGUAUGCUACUUUAUAAUGUAUGUAUAAUACUUUAAUGUUAGGUGCCCGACUGGCAUGAGACUCUCGGGUUGUCAGUUCCGGUAUCGACCGGGGACGCGUGUAUUCCGCUUCAAAGUCUGGCGCGCACUAAUUGGGGGUGCGAAUGAUGCAAUAGAUGCGCGGGCGCGGGUAGCGCGGGGUGGGCCGUCGCGGCACGGACCUGAGUCACAAUCCCUUUGGCUACUGUUGCCCCGCGAAACGGAACGCUGCGUUACAAUACUUAUAAUAUAAUACUUUAUAUCUAUGGUAUUAUAGUAUGCUAAAAAAUUUCAAUCUUAGUUUUAUUAUUAAAUUAUGCUUUUAAUUGUAUAUAUGUGAACUUUUAUUUUUUUCAAACAUCUCAUCUCUUGUCAUAUGUUCUUGAUUGAUCUAUUGGUGGAAGUUUUCGCUUUGUCAGAAGAUCUUAGAAGAAUUGACGAUUAUUGCCUACGAAGUCAUUUGUCAUAUUUUUUGUGUAAAUGUGGGUGUCAAUUUUUGGGGUAUAGUGACUAAAUCAUUAAAGGGGUUGAGUUAUUACAAAAUAAAUCUUUAAGACAGUUA